UGCGUGGUUGAGUAAUCACUCCAACUUUAGCAUACGACAUCGUCACGCCAUUCUCUAAUCUCUAUAAAUGCCUUGGUCGUUUCUGGUUUGCUUCCUGGUUCUGAAAGCAACCUGAGUGGGGGGUCGGUGGAGGUCAGGCCCGGUGACGUUCCCAACGUUUGCUGGAGCCAUUCACUCACUCCCCAUUUUAAUGUUUCGCUUGGACCUGCAUUAUUUGCUGUUUGGUGUUCUGCUUCCUAUCCGUCACCUGUGAUCCUUCACUUUCAUUCUCACUUUUCCCCCAAGCGACAGCAGUUGUGAAGAUAGCAAAAAGGAAGAUAGCCAGAAAAAAAGCAUAGGGUGUAAUGGCCUCUGAGAGGGAAUGUUUUGACCUUUCAGGACCCUUACAUCUUUCUUUUGUUGACUGGGAUAAUGCAUAUCAUCGAAUGUCAGUUGCUGCGAGUCUAGUACAAGGUGUUUACAUACUAGAAAGGGACCGGCAAGAAAAUCGCGUAGGCCCCAAUGCUCUUGCACCUCCUUGGUGGACUUUCUUCCAUUUUCAGUUGUUUCGUCCAUUGAUAGAUGACGUUGAUAGGUCCAUCUUUGGAGCCAUUUAUGAAUUCAAGCCACCUCCCUCUUCCAAGGGUAAUGACACUAUAUCUAGAAGUCCACGAUAUGUGAUUGCAUUUCGAGGCACUCUGACAAAGGCAGAUUCAGUUUCUCGUGAUAUUGAGUUGGAUAUCCAUUUUAUCCAAAAUGGACUCCAUCAGACAUCUCGCUCUGACAUUGCUAUCCAAGCUGCUCGGAACAUGGUAGCCACCAUAGGGGAUUCAAAUAUCUGGUUGGCUGGUCACUCACUGGGAUCUGCCAUGGCAAUGCUUACAGGGAAAAGAAUGGCCAAGAGUAGCAUGUUUAUUGAAUCUUUUCUUUUCAACCCACCAUUUGUUUCUGCUCCAAUCGAGAGAAUCAAAGAUAAAAACUUGAAACUUGGGAUUCGAAUAGCCGGCAGUGUGAUAACAGCUGGACUCGCCCUUGCUAUGAAGGCUAAGCAGAAAGGGGAAGUGUCCUUGGAUGAUCAGUUGGAUCCAUUUGCUGCUUUGUCUGCCUGGGUCCCCUGUUUAUUUGUGAAUCCAUCCGAUCACAUCUGCUCAGAAUACAUAGGAUAUUUUGAACACCGGAAGAUGAUGGAGGAGAUCGGUGCAGGUGAAAUUGAGAGGUUAGCGACUCAGAAUUCAAUCGGUGAUUUGCUGAUGGGAGCUUUUGGUAAGGAAUCAGAAGCCCUGCACCUAAUUCCUUCAGCUUCUUUGACAGUAAAUGUAACUCCAGUUCAGGAUUUCAAAGAAGCUCAUAGCAUUCAUCAGUGGUGGAGACCUCAUUUGAGUCUGGAACACAAGCUCUACAAAUACAAGUAGCUCUAGUUACUGGCUUUUAUGUUCAUUUGGCGCUGUCGCUUCUAGUUUUCCUUGUGAAUGUCUAUAUACUUAAUUUCGGUUUUGGAGCAAUGUGUAUGCAUGUAGAUUGGUUGAACUGCAUUUCUUCUGUAAAUAGAAGCUUGGUGGUUCAUGUGUCUUUA